CGGUCGGUCAAGGACGGAGAACAGAUCCCACCCACCUGGCUGGCUGGGCAGCAUGAGGGACUCCCAGGCGGCUCUGGCCUCCGCUCUCUCCGCGGCCACCUUUCUCCUGCUCCUUCCCGGAGGCCUCUGCGCGAGGAUAAUCGGAGGAACAGAAGUGGCUGCUCACUCGAGGCCCUACAUGGCGCUGAUCAGAGGCACAAACGACAGCUUGUGCGCCGGGGCCCUGAUCGCCGACGCCUGGGUCCUGACGGCCGCCCACUGCGCCCUGAACAGAUCAUCGCAGGUCAUCCUGGGGGCUCACUCCCAGUCCAAGCAGGAGCCGGAGAAGCAGAUCAUGUCGGUGAAGAAGCAGAUCCCCUUUCCGCAUUAUAAAAAGAACAGGCACGAGGGCGACCUUCAACUUCUGAAGCUGGGGCGAAAAGCAACAAUUAAUAGACAUGUGGCUAUUCUCAGUCUCCCAAAACGGGGGGAAGACGUAAAACCAGGAACCAAGUGCCGUGUGGCAGGCUGGGGGAUGAUUCACAAUAGCAAGCUAUCUGCAUCCGAUACGCUGAGAGAAGUCUGGGUCACCGUCCUGGACAGGGAGACCUGCAACGGCCCCAAAUACUACGGCCAUAACCCUGUGAUCAGACGGGAUAUGAUCUGUGCUGGAGACCGCAGAGGCGGGAAAGACACGUGCAACGGGGAUUCCGGGAGCCCCCUGAUCUGCGAGGGCACCUUCCGGGGCGUCACGUCCUUCGGGAAGCCAGGCAAGUGCGGGGACCCCCGGGGCCCUGGCGUCUACAUGCUGCUCUCCCAGAAGUACCUCAGCUGGAUCAGGGAGACGACGCGGAGGGCGGCUUAGGUCGCUGACCGCCGCUGCACUGGCUGCCGCGCCUCAGUCCUGCCAAUAAAAUCCCAUCAAUAAAAUC